AUGUAUCGCCUGGCCAGGUUUCACCGUGCCAGACCUGAUAUCAUCGCCGUCAUGUCCGCCUCCGGUCCGCUGGCGAGGAAGACUUCGGUCUCGAGUUCCUCAAAAUCAAGAGCCAUGGCAAACACCACGCAAGAGGUAACAAUGACGCCGCCCGCGGUGAUGCGGUACUUUGACCCGUGCGCCGCGACCGCGGGCAUGUUCCUCUACGCCCAGGGCAACUCUGUCGUCUGCUGUCAUCACGAUACCUUGACGAUUGAGCGUAGGUUUUCAAGGCACGACGAGGAGGUUCAGUUACUAGCUGUCGAUACACAAAGUGAAAGAGGUGCUGGUCGGUUGGUAGUGAGCUACGAUGCAGGGUCAACGGCUAUUGUGUGGGAUAUCAUGUCCGGAGACGAAAUCGCCCGUUUUUCUUCCUAUGAGCAUCUCACGGCGGCAAUCUGGAUGAAAAAUGGGAAUGUCGCAUUUGGAAAUACCCAAGGAAACAUCAUUUUGUUUGAGCCAGAGACCUCGGAACAUAUCUCUUCGCGAACUCUGGAUCAGAUAGCGGUCACGGCUUUGGCGCCAGCCGCGGACUGUCGAACUUUUGCUAUCGGAGGGCCGUCUUCCAUCGUCAAUCUCGCAUGGCAUGCUUCGUCGUCGAGGCAGAAGUCUGACAUGCUUGCUGUGCAAACGAAUGACGGCGACCUUCGUGUGUGGAGUGUCUCCAAGGCUUACAACAAUGCCGAUCCCGCCAAGGUCGUGCGAAUCUUGAAGCGGACCGAGAACUACCUGACGGGCCCUAACUGGAUGGGCUGGUCAAAGAACGGGAGAAUCAUCCAGUAUUCCGAAUCUGAGACCAUGUCUUGGGAUGUUCGCACCAAACAUGUCACGUUUGACAGCAUCCCUACUCUCGAGCACGUUCGAGGGUUGGCUGUCUACGGACCAGGAGCCAGCUUGUUUACGUUGGGAGCAAACAACACCGUCCAACAGUUCGAUUUGAAUGCUCCCGCAGUCCUGGUUGCCAAUGCUCAACAUCCCGCGAACCUCCUGCCUCCGUCUCCUCCUGUCUCUAUUGAAGAACAGGACAAAGCCGCAGCUGCGAGCAACUCUGAAUCAGAAAUCUCCAUUGGUCUCGAAGGUGUCUCUGAGAGCGAUGACGACCACAUGUCGCCCAUUGCGCGGAUGAUUCAGACCAAGCAGCAUGUGGACGCGGAUCAAGAUUUCUAUGGGCAGCCGGCAAGCGAAGCAUCGUCCAAGAGCCGCAAAUCGAGCGUCUCGUCGGCCAGCUCGCGAACACCUGGUCGAUACCAAGAGUCGAUCCGGUCCCGCGGUCUCACGGAGAACACGUAUAUUUCCGCCGGGUCAUCUCUUCGUUCACCUGCAGCAUCUCGCUAUGAUUCGAGAAACCAGGAUGCUCACUCGAUUAGUAGUCUGAGUUCUGUUUCGAUGGGUUCUUCCAACCAUCGCUCGCGUCACCGGCCCUCCCGUCUGAGGAAUGAAGUCCCUAGAAGUCCGGAGGAUAACAAGGUGCAUGAUCUGUUCAAGUUCACGAAAAGUCGCUUACACGACCUGCCCUACAAGCAUGUGCCUCUUCCUGACAGCGGGAAGAUGACCAACGAAGAUCUUCGCCGCCAAAUGCUCAGCACGAUCUUUGGUUGGAACAAGGAUGUUGAGGACCUGAUUCGGGAUGAGAUGAGCCGUCAUCCCAACGGCUCGCCCAACCGUGUCCUUCUUGCCAAGUGGCUUGGCGAUAUUGAGUCUGACAUUAUGACAACUAGCUCGCAGAGCAUGACCUCGGCGGACUGGAUGCGUUUGGCUCUGAAUGGCAUCGGGUCUCAGACCUCCCAGCAAAAGCUGGGCCGCGCUUUCAUCCAGCGCCUCUUGGAAGCUGGAGAUAUCCACGCAGCAGUAACGAUGAUGCUCGGCAUGGGCGACCACAACGAUGCCAUUGAAGCUUACGUGUCCCACAAGCUGUACAUGGAAGCAUUGCUCUUGUGUUGCCUCCUGUUCCCAGCUGUCUGGGAGCGUCAGUCACAAAUCGUCAAGAAAUGGGGAGAAUGGGCUGCUCAGCAUAGCCAGAAGCAGCUGGCCAUCAGAUGUUUUGCUUGCAGUGGUAAAGAAUCCAGUGAGCCGUGGACGUCACCAUCUGCGGCUCAGAUCACCUUCCAGUCUAUGACGCCCAGCAUCCCUGAGGUUCUGAGUCCGCCUCUGUCUCCUCCAGGGAUACAGAGAGGACCCCAGCGGAGUAUUGCAAAGUCAUCUGCCCUCAAGUUGAUCACCUCAUUCGGCGAUCAGAACUCCCGUUCCAAGUACUUUUCCGGAAAUGAGGAUGGCCAGACUCCUAUUGCGGCAGGAGUUACGCCCAUUGCUGAGUCGGCCAUCUCCCCAGGUGCAUUCGCCGAUCCUGCAACAGCGUUCAUCAGGCCGGGGACUCGAAGUGCUCUGAACACUCCCAGCUCAGCACGGCCCAGUGGACCUGCUGCAGGCUUCAACCGCCAGAGACUGCCCUCGAUCGGCGAGGCUCCAGGCGAUACGCCGCGUGGCCGACUGAAGGCGUCGGAUCUGCCCACCCCUCCUGUUGACUCCCUCGAUAAAAUGUCUCGCGGGCAUGCACCCAAGCGUUCUCAUGACGAGACGAGCUUUUCCACAGGCAUGUCCAUCGGCAGGGCAGCGACUGCGAGUCCUAUGAUGAUGAGGGAAGGCCCGCGCGUUCGGAAGGAGCAUCCUCCGCCCUCGCCUUCGCCCGCCUCAAUGGCAGCUCUCAUGGAAGGACGCACAAGCCGCAAUGGACCUCGAAACCGCAUCCCGCGCGGGAUUGAGAUGCAUGUCGAUACAAUCGAGGCCCUUGACCAGAGCGACAUCACAUCCCCCGAGCAGUCCGUCGCUUCCUCGACACGAUUCCACUGGCCGUCCAGGCGCCGAGGCCCUGGCUCCGUCGGUGGGAGCUCUGUGACAUCAGGUGCAUCCAGUCUCGCGAGGAGUCAUAGAGGGCGUCACCCAGGCAGGAGUCUCGAUGACUAUAUCCACAGCCUUGAUGCGGCCAAGAACAAGAAACGGGGAAAUAGCCGAGAAGGUGGUAGCGCCGUGAGGGACUCUAGCAGGAGCAGACGUGGUGACUCGAGAGAGCGGUCUGCGGACCGUGGCCGCACCUCGUCCCGUGCCUACACGCCCAAGGCCGGCAAGCGCUCUCCCAGGUCUCCGGUCCCAAUGUCGCCCGAAGAUCUCAUCAACCUCAGUACACCAAAGCUCGCUGACUUGGAGGCCCACGGAAACCUGUUGAUCGACGUUGGCGCCGAGGAACCAAGCACUGUCAGAAAAGCGAGCACGGUGCGCCACGUGUCUUCAAACCGGGUUGGGAGUCGGGCGUCGAGCCGUGGAAGCCGGCGGCGCAGUCCCGAGAGAAGACCUCCUGCGCUGGACAUUCCGCGUGGUCGUGGCAACUCCAGGGAGAGCUCUGCCAUCCGCUCACCUUCGUCUCCCCUCCCCAUGAGCUCCCAGGCCCUGCAUUACCAAGGCUCCGAGGACGAGGAAGACUACCGGAAGGCAGUCGAGGAACAGGAGAAGUUCCGCAGCCGCAACAAUCGCAGCACCAGCCGGAACGUCCGUGAACCGUCUCCAGGAAUGGGGCGCUCGGGUCGUGACAGGUCUCAGAGCCGCCGAGGCACAAAAGAGCGUGACUCGCCCGAAAACAGGACGCGUACGCCGGCCAUUACAACGCCCGCUGCCGUCAGCGUUGGAGAUCUGAGACAGACCAAGGACAUCCGGACGCUCAAGAAGGAGGCAGCAGCUCGCGAGCUGGAGGAGCGCCGCAAGUCUCUUGCUCGGCGUCCCCUGGCGCCCCCGAUCGUGCAUCCUGAUGAAUUGUCGCCGGCCUUUUUCAGGACGACUGACACGAUGGAGCUGCCCAGCUCGACCUUUGUGCCGCCCAAGGACCUCCCAGUGCGGAGCCGGACUGCCGAGCCUGGACAGACGAGAAGCAUGUAUGCCAACAGGGGCCCUCCCAUCGGGCUUCCUGCGACGCCCAAGGCCAUGCGGCUGAUCAUGGAGACGGACCCCAACGCUGUCCCGGGCGUGCCAACCAUCCCGGCGACGUUUGCACAGAGGCACUCUCCCACGUCUCCGGCCAACAACUCGUCCCCGGACAAAUCUCCCAAGAAGGAGGCGGCAGCACCGCCGUCCCUGACACUCUUGCCGUCCACGGUGUACUCGCCGCCCGUCCGUCCUCCCAUCUCGCGAUGCAUGUCGGCGCCGCCCGAGGAGCCGGUUCCGCCAAAGGCCCUCCAAGGUGGUGGUGGCGCACCGGGAGCCAAGACGUCGUCGAUGCAGCGACGGCGAUCAUUGCGGAAAUUGAGCACGGACACCUCGGUCCCUACCGUGCGGAACAUUGAUGGAGUCAUGGACACCAGCCGCAUGGCCCGUCGGCAGUCCCGCGACGACCAGAUUCCUCCUCCGCCUCCUCCACCCCCGAUGCUCAAGGAGCUCGCCCAUCUCGCCACGCCGCCGCCGCCACCUCCAGCGCCCCUCCCGUUCGGGCAGAAGCCAGCGGUAUACGGUGGCCACGCCUCGGGCACCAUCGAGAUCGUCAUGGAGGACGGCCAGACACAGCCCAUCCCUCCUCCUCCUCCUCCACCAGCAGUCCCCGUUGCCAUCCCCGUCAGCGAGGCCAGCGUGCCCAUCAUCGCGGCUCCCGCGCCCCCGUCUUCCCGCAACGGCCACCACCGCGGGCGGAGCAGCAUCGACAACAGCAUCGCGGGCCGCAUCUCGAGGGCCACGGAGCGCAUGCGGUCCGCGAGCCGGGGGCGGCACAACUCGUCGGUCAUCAGCAGGACCAAGUCGCCCGAGGGCAUGCCGGCGCCGUACGAGAGCGUCCCGCCGCCGGUCAGCUACCGCGCCCCUCCCGAGCUGAGGUCGCCGAUCCAGCCGCUGCCCGUCAAUGACUUCCGCACGGGGCUGCACCAGAGCGAGAUGAUCUAA